ACUGAAGAGACAGCAAUGAAGUUACUCUGCGUUCUUUUUUCUUUCUUUCUCUUUGUCUCUUUAGUUGCAGGAAUUCAUAACAAGUCCUCCCUUACUUUUGGAUUCAUUACAACACUGACUGGGCCUGUUGUAGUUUCUGGUGCCAUACCUGUUGUUGAUCUGACCUUGAAGCUUAUUAAUGAUAGGAAGGAUGUUCUAAAUAAUUAUACACUUGGCUACUCUCCCAUACUUGACUCAAAAUGUGAUCGUACCACUUCUCUGGAUCAAUUCUUUAAUGUGAUUAAUAGUGAUACUACUAUUAUAGCAUUGUUGGGUUGUGGAUGCUCUACUGCUACCAUACCAGUAGCUGAGAUUAGUCACUAUUGGAAUAUACCACAUAUAGCCUUUGCAGCUAGCACUCACAUAUUAAAUGAUCGCAGCCGAUUCAGGAAUUUCUACAGAGCUCUAAUUUCAAAUGUUUACUUUGGUGAAGCAGUUGCUGAGCUUAUGGUUCAGUUUGGAUGGAAACAAAUGGGACUCAUAACACAAGAUGAAGCUUUGUUUCAAAAUGUAUUGGUAGGGAUCAUCAGUGCUUUUGAAAAACAAGGUUUGGUUCUAGAUGGAUAUAUUAUCAAAACAGGAGGCUCUUUGAAUCCUUUCUUUGCAAGAAAAGAUGCUAUGAAUUUUAGAAUUAAUAAAAUAAAUGCUUACCCUAGUUUUAGCUAUCAAGUGCUGUGUGAGGCAUAUUACAGAGGAAUGUAUGGGUCAAAGUAUGUAUGGAUCCUUCCAAUGUGGUACGGUCCAGAUUGGUGGAAGACUGUAUCCUCUAAAAACUGCUCCUGUACUGAUGAUGUCAUGUUGCAGGUGAUAAAUGGCAUCAUAGGUGUAGUUCCUGAGGGAUAUUUUCCACUUGAAAAUGAGUCAAUAAUAACUUACUCUGGCUUGACUUCAAAAAUGUUUCGUGAUAAAAUUGAUUGGAUUUUCCAAGACCCCAAGUAUCAAAACUAUUCAGAAAUAGUUCCUGGAACUGUCUUUGAUACUGUGUGGACUAUUGCCAUUGGGUUAGAUGUAGCAUCUAAGAAGAUUUUGAUUAAGAAUGAGACUGGAUGUGAGGGGCUGCCUGGAGAACUGGUACCACUGGAACAUUUUCAAUACACUAAUAUGAAGCUAGGAUGUGUUAUAAAGCAAAGCUUCAGUGAACUUAAUUUCCUCGGAAUAACUGGUGAAAUAACUUACAGUUUGAAUGGUAGUCGACCAUACAACAUUAUACUAUAUCAACAAUACAGAAGAAUAUCAGCAAAUUCAGUAGCAAGGGUCACAUUUGGUCAUGUUGUAGUAGAAGCUCAAAGAAACAUUUUUAGAUUCAUACAAGGAGAAUCGAGCAGUACCCUAUGGAUUGGUGGUGUCCCUCCCUACGAUGGUUAUCCAAUGAAUAAAAUACAUCAAAACAAUAUUGUAAUAGUCAUCAUUUAUAAUAUACUGGCAGGUUGUGGCCUUAUAUUUGCUACAUUCUGUUUCACUUUUAACAUAGUCUGCGGUAACAAGAAAUUAGUGAAACUGAGCAGUCCUCGCUUAAACUACAUAAUUAUUUUUGGAUCUGUAUUUUUGUAUUUAAGCGUCUUUUUCUACUCUUAUACUGCUGAUAUGCAGAGAAUGCAAACUGCUUUUUGUAAUGUUCGACUCUGGCUGUUUUCUUUGGGAUAUAACCUUUGUUUUAGUGUAAUCCUUGCAAGGACUUGGCGUGUGUAUUACAUUUUUAACAAUCCAAAGCCAAAAAAGAAAUCCACUGGAAUUAAGGAUUGGAUUCUCAUUCUAAUGGUACUGUGUAUUGUGGCUAUUGACAUGACCAUCAUAACUAUUGGCACAACUAUUCCAUUGUCAAGAAUGUCUGCCACUUUCACAAAUGACACCAUCCACCCACAGACAGUCACUGAUGAUGGUUUGAUACAGAAGAAUUUCUUAUUAUUAUGCCACACAAAGAAUUCCUUCUAUUGGCUUAGCAUUUCAUUUUGCUACAAAGCCUUUCUUCAAAUCUGUGCAAUUUUCAUGGCAUUCCACACUCGUAAUGUGGACGUGAAAGUGCUCAAUGAAUCAAAGGAGAUAGCCGCCAUUAUAUAUAUUAACAGCAUCAUACUAGUUCUGAUUGCUGUGGCUGAGUUGGCUCUGGAAAGUAAUCAUGACGCCUAUGCUGCUCUAUUUGGUCUUGGUUUGCUUAUAGAAGCAACCCUAUUUCUGGGAUUUAUCUUUAUUCCUAAGAUCUUUUUCCUGUAUUUUGAUCCUCAAGGAACAAAAAUAUUCAACCACAAAACGACAAUUGUAGCUGCUCUUUCUCAAGCAAAAAUUGAGCCUACCAAUGCCAUAUUGUCUUAUGCAGGAACAGUAUAAUGAAGGACAAUUAAUUAAUCUUUACUGUAGUUAGUUGAGUAUUUUCAUUCAUUGUUUUGAGUAUCACUGUAUUAGUUCUAUAAUGAUAUUUAAUUAUUUUUAGUCAUAUUUUAAAAAGAAGUCAUGUUUAAAAACUAAAAGG